UUACGAUGCUCAGCUUUCAGACUAUGAGAUAUGGAUAAAGGCCACGAAGUUUCGGAGCUAUUACACUGCAGACUUGGAUUAUGGCAACGCAACAACUCUCUUCUACUGUGUUAGUAUAGCGGUCUUCAUGCUGGGGAACAUUAUCUUCGCCCUUCGCCAUCUGAGGGCUAGUGCCGACAUUUGGAAGACCAGCACGUAUACUACCUCGGUCGCAGCUCUUCGAUAUCUUACCGCGAGACAGUACCACGUCCCGUUCUUUGGAUGGUACUCUCCACCUCUUGCGCAGAUGUUGGCCGUCGGGGCUAUGGUCUUAUUCUUCACGGUGUUGACAUGGGCAGUUCGUCCGUACUAUUGGUGGAAUGUGCUGAUCAACACUUGUCCGCCUCUUGCAAAUCGUACGGGUUGGAUAUCCCUCGCUAUGCUGCCUUUCGUGAUGGUGUUCGCCUCGAAGGUCAACUUCAUCACAAUUUUGACGGGAACAUCGCAUGAGAAGCUACAAGUAUUCCACAGGUGGUCGGCAUGGAUCAUGUGGGUUCUGGCGCUCAUCCACACAAUCAUCCUUAUUCGGGAGGCCAUAAAACGAGGCACCAUGUUGUCUGAGUGGAAGGCAGGUCCCUGGUAUUGGACCGGAGUAGCAGCGCUCAUUCCUCAGACCUGGCUUGUAGUAAUGUCCAUUGGGCCAAUCAGGAAUGCCUAUUAUGAGACAUUUAAAAAAUUGCAUUUUGUCGCUGUUGGAAUCUUCUUUCCCUUUCUGUGGGUUCACUGCAAUUUCCGACAGACUUCCUGGUGGUUCAUAUACGCAGCGCUCGGCGCUUGGUUCGUCACUUGGAUUGUCCGUGUUGGCCGAGCCAUCUUCUUGAAUGGUGUCAACCAUCGCGCGUCCAUAGAAGCUCAUUCCUGCAAUCUAAUCAAAAUCGUGAUUCCUACGCCGUCCAAGGUGCAGUGGAAGCCGGGAGAGCACUACUUUAUCCGUUUCUUCGGGACAGGUAUCCAUUGUCUGAGCUCUCAUCCGUUCACAAUUGCGUCAUUGGCUACAGGCGAGAAGAGCUCCUUGGAAGCUUGGAUUAGGGUACACGAGGGUAUUACGAAGCGAUUACAGAGGAAGUCUUUAGAGAGAAAUGUGACAGUGCCAGUCGUAUUGGAUGGGCCGUAUGGAGGUUUGAAGGGAUCGCUCCACGUGUAUGAUAAGGUGUUAUUGUUAGCAGGAGGGUCCGGUAUAACCUUCAUCAUGCCGAUUCUCGUGGAUAUCCUUAGCCGCGAGAAAAGAGCAAGCAAUACUGUCCAGCUGGUGUGGGCUGUGGCAUCUCUCGACGAUUUUGUUAUGUUUGAGGAUACCUAUGCUCGAGUUCAGCCCAGCAUCAACAACGGCUCCUUGACCAUCUCUUGCUUCGUUACUCGUGAGACGUUCACACCCGAUACUGCCACGACGAAAGACGAGCAAGAUAAAAUUCCGCACGAUAUGGAGACAGUAAUUGGGCGGCCAGAUCUCAAGCAACUUGUAUUCAAUUUCUGCUCAGGAUCUGGUACAGUAGGCAUGACGACCUGCGGCCCUACUGCGUUCACGAUGGACGUCAAUAAUGCAGCUGCUACCGUACAGUUGGACAUCGCUCGCGGACGCAGCAAAUGCACGGAACUGUAUCUGCACACUGAGGCAUAUAGUUGGUGAAGGGUAAACGACGGGACAAGUCUGGAGUGUACAAGCCAAGUCGACAGGAUUGCGGUUGACUUAUGGUGAUUUAAUGUCUAUGUCAUGAAGUGUGCACCUCUUCCAAUCGUCCAUAAAACAUCCUCUUCGAGCAACUUUGAUGGUAAAGGCCUGGCAGGCGAGCACGGUAUGACCACAGAGCCCUCCUCCGAUCGUCGUUAUGCUUUUCAGUACAGUCCUUACCCUAGAC